CGUCCCGACCCUGGCCCGGCCCCCGGCCCCCCUUCCGACCUCCGCCCGGACCCCGACUCCCGUCCCGACCCCGACCCCGCUCGCAAUCCGGACUGUCCGUCCGAACUCCAACCCGGAUCCGGACCCCGACUCCCCUGCAGAUGCCGACCCAGGUCCGGGCCCCCAUUCCGGCCCGGACGCCUACUCAGAUCUGGACCCCGACUCCGGCCCGGACCCCAACCCCAAUUUCAUCCCCGGGGGAGGUCGAGGCCGCGGCCGCGGCCCCUGCCUCGGAAUCCUUCGGGAGCUCGGCCCUGCCCCUGGAACCGCCCCCAGAACCUGCCUCGGAGCCCACGACGGCCUCGCCCCACCAGGAUCUUUCGCCCACGCCGAGCGUGAAGCCCCUCCCAUCGGUCACAAAUGGGUUCGGGUCCACCCAAGAGCCCCUUCCUGACCUCACUCCACCGGCCACUGAUUUCCUGGGGCCCACCCUUGGGUCCACCUCGAGGGCAGACUCCUCGGCCACCAAGUUGACCGAUUCCACCUCGGAAUCCGUUCGGGUGCCCAUCCCGGGGACCGACCCCUUCGCGGCCACCGCCUUAGCCACGUCCACCAACACCUUCGCCCCCGUCGGCGAGAGCUGCUCGGUGGACAAGAUCGCGGUCCGAGUGAUCUACUGCGGCCUCUGAAGCUAUGGCCUUCGGUACAUUCUACUGAAAAAAAGUCUGGAACAGCAAUUUCCAAACUGUCUACUCUUUGAGGAGGAGAGAGCUGCCCAGGCUACAGGGGAGUUUGAAGUGUUUGUGGAUGGAAAACUGGUCCAUUCAAAGAAGAAAGGUGAUGGUUUUGUGGAUGAGGCCAGGCUGCAGAAGAUUAUGAAUGUUAUCGAGGAGGAGGUCAGGAAAAGGAGCCUCAGCAGGAUGCCGAGAAGGGCUGAAAUGUUGCCAAGUCAGGUGUGUGGCCGUCGCCUGCUCCUGGGCUCCCAGCAUCGCCAGCGGCCUGGACUGGGUGGUGGUGGCGGGGAGCAGGGGCAGCUGUGAAGAGAAGCCUUGCCCUGUUGCUCCCCAGGUUUGCACCCUGUCAUCUGGCCUCAACUCCUCGUGCUCUCAGGUCCGUUUCUCCCUUGGCAGCUUCUCCAUUUCCCAUCCCUGGCUUGGGAUACAUUUGGAAAAUUUC